AGUUUGAGCAAAAACACGACUCAAAGGAAGUUUCAGUGAAGGUCGUAGAAGAGGGAGGGGAGCCAGGACUGACUGUACUUCCUGUCUGCUGUUUUCAGCUUCACUCACAGACUCAAUGGCUUCCAGAUCAGAGGAGGAUCUCUGCUGUCCGGUCUGUCAGGAGGUUUUCAGAGAUCCUGUUCUUCUGUCAUGUAGCCACAGCUUCUGUAAAGACUGUCUGAAGACAUGGUGGGAAAAGAGAACAACACAUGAGUGUCCAGUUUGUAACAGAAGAUCUUCAAGGGAUGAACCACCUUUAAACCGAGCUUUAAAGAACCUGUGUGAGUCAAUCUUACAGGAGAGAGAUCAGAGAGCUUCAGAGGCUCUCUGCAGUCUGCACUCUGAGAAACUCAAACUCUUCUGUCUGGACCAUCAGCAGCCAGUGUGUGUCGUCUGCAGAGACUCAGAAAAUCACACCAAUCACAGAUUCAGACCCAUCGAUGAAGCUGCACAACAACACAAGAAGACACUUCAGGAAACUCUGGAGCCCUUAAAGAAGAAGUUAAAGGUUUGCAAAGAAGUUCAAGUGAAGUUUGGUCAAACAGCAGAACACAUUAAGGUCCAGGCCCGACACACAGAGAGGCAGAUUAAGGAGCAGUUUAAGAAGCUUCAGCAGUUUCUAGCAGAGGAAGAGGAGGCCAGGCUGGCUGCACUGAGGGAGGAAGAGGAGCAGAAG